AUGCCGGCAGCACAGAUGAUCAUGGAGGAAGAGGAAGAAACGACGUCACAACCGCGAACUAGGCAAGCCGCCAUAAAUCGAGACCGAAAAGGUGUCCAUGCUAGAUUAGUGGUCGAUUAUUUUGCCAACGGACCUGUGUACAUGACCGCGAUGUUUAGACGUCAGUUCCGCAUGAGUCGUUGGCUGUUCUUACGUAUAGCAGACGACUUGGUGCGGUCUGAUCCGUUUUUCACAUUUCGAUACAAUGCUAGGGGCCAAAGGGGAUUCACCACUUUAGAGAAAUGUACAACGGUCAUUCGCCAACUGGUAUACGGGACGACACACGAUUCGUUGGACGAGUAUUUAAGGAUGUCCAAAAGAACUACACGAGAAUGUUUAUACAAGUUUUGCGAAUGGGUGGUGAAGCUAUAUAGCAAGAAAUAUCUGUGGAAACCAAACAGAAAUGACGUCCAAAAAUUAUAUCAAGCGUACGAAGAAAGACAUGGUUUUCAAGUAAUGCUCGGAAGCAUUGAUUGUAUGCACUUGCCGUGGCAGAACUGCCCUACUGCGUGGUGA